ACUUUGCUGAAGCACUUUCGAAAACGACGCGCUGAAUAAAGAACUCGCCGGCGAUCGAGUCCAUCUUUUUCUUCCUGGUUUAACGGAUUCUCGCAGCUUCUUCAGAUGCGUGCCUAUAGCAAAAGCUAGCUCCUUUCACUCCUGUUCCGUAUCUGAUCUUGAUCACCACAGUCAGUCACUCACUCUUCUGCUCGCGCGCGCGAGAGAGCGAGAGAGAGAGAGAGAGAGAGAGAGAGAUGGAGGAGGGGGUGGCGAGGUUGAGUCAUCUGUACAUGACAUAUUUCCUGGGACUAUUCUCGGCGACCAUGGUGUUUCCGGUGAUCGCCGACGUGACGGUCUCCGCUCUCUGUCCCGGGCAAGAUCAGUGCUCGCUCGCGAUUUACCUCUCCGGGAUCCAACAAGUGAUAGUGGGAUUGGGCUCACUGGUGAUGAUGCCAUUGAUAGGGAACCUCUCAGAUAAGCAUGGGAGGAAAGCUUUGCUCACCAUUCCCUUGGUCUUCACCGUGCUUCCCUUGGCCAUCUUGGCUUAUAGCAGGUCGAGGAAUUUCUUCUACAUUUACUACGUGCUCCGGACUCUGAUCGCCAUGUUCUGCGAAGGAAGCGUUCACUUCCUGGCCCUCGCUUAUGUGGCGGACAACGUUCCCGCCGGAAGAAGAGCCUCCGCCUUCGGCAUCCUCUCCGGCAUCGGAUCCGCCGCCUUCGUCUGCGGCAACCUCUCCGCUCGCUUCCUCUCCACUCCCUCCACUUUCCAGGUCGCGACGGCGGUGGGGGUGGUCGCCCUGGCGUACAUGGCGUUCUUCCUCCCCGACUCCGUCGGCGGCGGCGGCGGCCAUCCUCUGACCGCACCGAUCGUCUCGAAGGAGGGGAAGCUGGACGGUGCUUGCCCCGGCGGCGAUUCGGCAGACAAGGCGCAGGCGUUUAAGAAGGCGGCUUCCUUGGGGGACACCGUCUCCUUGUUAAGGAGCAGCCUGACGUUUUUGCAAGCAGCAAUUGUCGCCUUUUUUGGCAAUCUCGCCGAUGUUGGUCUUCAUGCUUCGAUGAUGUACUACUUGAAGGCUCAAUUUCACUUUAACAAGAAUCAGUUUGCCGACCUAAUGGUGAUAUCUGGAAUUGCGGGUACUAUUUCUCAGCUGCUUAUCAUGCCCCUUUUGGCUCCUGUUAUAGGAGAGGCAAGACUGCUUUCGAUAGGGCUAUUUUUUAACUGUGCACAUAUGAUUCUUUACAGCGUCGCCUGGGCUUCUUGGGUUCCUUAUGCUGCUGCUAUGUUCUCUGUUCUGUUCGUCUUCACACAACCUUGUAUGCGGACUAUCGUGUCUAAACAAGUUGGUUCGUGCGAGCAGGGCAAGGCUCAAGGAUGCAUUUCAGGGAUUUGCCAACUUGCCAAUGUCGUCUCUCCCCUGGUUUUCUCCCCAUUGACAGCUUUGUUCCUCUCCGAUAGAGCACCCUUCCAUUUUCCUGGUUUCAGCAUUAUGUGCAUUGGAUUCGCUUCGAUGAUAGCCUUUGUCCAGAGUGUCAUGAUGAGAGUGGCUCCUCCAAUAUCAGAUGGCAGAGUUAGCAACUGCCAUUUGCUGGCCUAGAUUCUGAAGAUCUGAAUGCCCGGUAACGAAUGUCCUUUGGUCAAUUCCAGGGUAAGGCAUCAGUCCAUGUAAGUUACACCUGGAAAAUAGUGUCCUAGGGUCAAGAGUAUGUAUUUUUUCUGAUGGGGGCAAGUUUUCUGCAACACCGUUAGCGACAUUGCGCUCAUCAUAGCUUUUAAUCUUUAGAGUUAGUAUUAGUUGGUGUUUGAAUUCGAAUCAGAAGGUAUAGCUGUGCCUUAAGGGGUAGAGAAAAUGGAUCUAACAGCAUUAUUCUGGUCACCCAUGAUUGACGGCAAUCGUCGAUGAAGUGUAUUUCUGGGAAGCAAGCUGUUGGUUUAUAUAUGGUGGAAGAUGGGAAAGCUUUGGUCUCCAACUUACAGAUGAGAUGUGGCAGUAUCUUGUGAUCAUAUUUUAGCACUUUUACCAAAACAUCAAGACACGCAGGGUAUCCUCAAGGACGAUUCUGAUGAUCGCUGCGGGAAAUCACCGAUUGAAUAUCCGUGAUUGGUAAAAUUCAUUGUAUGAUAGCAAUUUGUUGAACGUAUUAGUAAGUAUCCGGGUGGAUUGUUUGGUCUAUUACGUGUUAAGAGGUUAUUGGCUUCCAUUUGAAUUUAUCAAUUUCUUGAGUACUUAUUUGACUUUUUA